AUGUUUAUCUAUUUAAAAGGUUACAUUGCUAAUGCCGAUAUUCAAAGAAAACAGCUAAACUCUUCUUUCUGGAUAAUAUCAUCACUUUUACAACUUAUUAUCACAUACCUUAACACUAUAUUUUUAUCAUAUCCAUCCAUCCAUCUAUCCAUCCAUCCAUCCAUCUAUCUAUCUAUCCCAGUCUGUCCAUAUCCAUCCAUCCAUCCAUCUAUCCAUCUAUCCAUCCAUCCAUCCAUCCCAGUCAGUCCAUCCAUAUCCAUCCAUCCAUCCAUCCAUCCAUCCAUCCAUCCAUCCAUCCAUCCAUCCAUCCCAGUCUGUCCACAUCCAUCCAUCCAUCCAUCCAUCCAUCCAUCCAUCCAUCUAUCCAUCCAUCCAUCCAUCCCAGUCUGUCCAUAUCCAUCUAUCCAUCCAUCUAUCUAUCCAUCCAUCCAUCCAUCCAUCCAUCCAUCCAUCCAUCCAUCCCGUCCACAUCUAUCCAUCCAUCCAUCCAUCCAUCCAUCCAUCCAUCCAUCCAUCCAUCCAUCCAUCCAUCCAUCCAUCCAUCCCAGUCUGUCCACAUCCAUCCAUCCAUCCAUCCAUCCAUCCAUCCAUCCAUCCAUCCAUCCCAUCCAUCCAUCUAUCCAUCCAUCCAUAUCUAUCCAUCCAUCCAUCCAUCCAUCCAUCCAUCCAUCUAUCUCAGUCUGUCCAUAUCCAUCUAUCUAUCUAUCCAUCCAUCCAUCUAUCCAUCUAUCCAUCUAUCUAUCAUCCCCAGUCUGUCCACAUCUAUCUAUCCAUCCAUCCAUCUAUCUAUCCAUCCAUCUAUCUAUCUAUCCAUCUAUCUCCAGUCUGUCCAUAUCUAUCUAUCCAUCUAUCUAUCCAUCUAUCUAUCCAUCUAUCUCAGUCUGUCCAUCUAUCUAUCUAUCUAUCUAUCUAUCAUCUAUCUAUCUAUCUCAGUCUGUCCAUAUCUAUCUAUCUAUCUAUCUAUCUAUCUAUCUAUCUAUCUAUCUAUCUAUCUAUCUAUCUAUCCAGUCUGUCCAUAUCUAUCUAUCUAUCUAUCUAUCUAUCUAUCUAUCUAUCUAUCUAUCUAUCUAUCUAUCCAUAUCUAGUCUGUCCAUCAUCAUCUAUCUAUCUAUCUAUCUAUCUAUUCUAUCUAUCUAUCUCAGUCUGUCCAUAUUCAUCUAUCUAUCUAUCUAUCUAUCUAUCUAUCUAUCUAUCUAUCUAUCUAUCUAUCUAUCUCAGUCUGUCCAUAUCUAUUCAUCUAUCUCAUCUAUCUAUCUAUCUAUCUAUCUAUCUAUCUAUCUAUCUAUCUGUAUUGUGGAGUUGAUUAUUCAAUUUACCUCAUCACUUCAAUCGCAAUUGAAUUACUCCGCUGAUAUUUGUGGACGUCACGAAAUAUGUUUUCCUUUAAACGAAACAAACGAGAGAGAGAAAAAGAGGCCAAGCUUUUUGCAGUUGGUCCACCGUGGAGACAGACUCCGAAUUUCGAAUCUAAUUGAAACACUCUCAUGGUUUAACUGCUGUUUUCUGCAUUUUCAUUCUUUCUUUCUUUCUUUUUUGGUUUUCUUUCUUUCUUUCUUUCUUUCUUUCUAUUUUUCUUUCUUUUUUUCUCGUCUUUCUUUUUAUCUUUCUUUCUUUUCUUUCUUUCUUUCUUUCUUUCUUUUUUUCUUGUCUUUCUUUUUAUCUUUCUUUCUUUUCUUUCUUUCUUUCUUUUUUGUUUUUCUUUUUGUCUCUCUUUUUCUUUCUUUCUUUCUUUCUUUCUUUCUUUUUUUCUUUCUUUCUAUUUUUUUCUCGUCUUUCUUUCUUUCUUUCUUUCUCAAGUCUCUCACAGUUACUUCUUUUCUAGCUCUUCCUAGAGAUGUGCAGCAUGUGCCAGACAUUGAUUAUUACGCGAAGUUCAUUGACAAGAAUUGUCUUCUUGUUGCUAAUUAUUGUUUUUUCUUUUUAUCUCUUCAUACGGAUUUCAACAUUUAUUUCGUUAUUCUCAUUCUAUCUAUCUAUCUAUCUAUCUAUCUAUCUAUCUAUCUAUCUAUCUAUCUAUCUAUCUAUCAGUCUGUUCAUACGUAUCUCAACCACUUCAUAUCUAUCUAUCUAUCUAUCUAUCUAUCUAUCUAUCUAUCAGUCUGUUCAUACGUAUCUCAACCACUUCAUAUCUAUCUAUCUAUCUAUCUAUCUAUCUAUCUAUCUAUCUAUCUAAUAUAUUCAUAUCUAUCCAUCUAUCUUGAGAUGUUCUAUAUCUAUCAAAAUAUUCAUAUCUAUCCAUCUAUCUUGAGAUAUUCUAUAUCUAUCUAUCUAUCUAUCUAUCUAUCUAUCUAUCUAUCUAUCUAUCUAUCAGCCUAUUCAUACAUGUCAGCCACUUCAUAUCUAUCUAUCUAUCUAUCUAUCUAUCUAUCUAUCUAUCUAUCUAUCUAUCUAUCUAUCUAUCUACUUUUCAUAUCUAUCUUUUGCAGUCUAUUGAUAUCUCUCUUUUUUUUUUUGUUUGUUUGUUUCUUUCUUCAAACGUACUGA